AUGCAUGUAGUGGCGCAGAAAGGGUUUCAUGCGACAGGCUCAUCGGGACUGUACGAUCGAGCUAGACCGUCCUAUCCUCCAGCGCUGAUCCGCCAGCUCCUUGCAGCGACUGGCACACGGUCCCCGCGCGUCGUGGAGGUGGGGGCUGGUACGGGGAUUGCGACGCGACUUCUUCUCCAGGAGAGCGCGCAUGUGGGCGGAUUAUCAUCCUUAGCAGCAUUUGAUCCAUCUCAGGGCAUGUUGGAGCAUCUGCGGCGCGUUCUAGGUAACAACGACACUGGCUUGGUGGCUGCUCUUAAAGCGCAGGGCCGUCUGCGGCCGGAAUCGCGCGUGUGGGCCGCUGAGGGCGCAUUUGAUGACUUUCAAGCGGGGACCGGGAAUGAUCUCGUUGUGAUUGCACAGGCUUGGCACUGGUGCCCCGAUUUUGACGCGGCUCUGCGCCAUAUCGCCGCUAGUUUGCGCCCAGGCGGCGUCCUCGCACUCCUAUGGAACUUGGAAGACCGCGACGCAGGUACGUUGCGAAUACCAACGGAGAGCGGAAUGGGUAGCGAAAGUGCGUGA